AUGAGAGAAAGUUUUCCUAGAAUACCAUCUGAAGAAGUCAAUGAGAAAAGAAUGGUAUUCUCCAGUGCUCCCAAGUCUGCAAUGGAAGAAAGAAAGGGUCCUUCGAAGCGUGACAAAGAAAUGCUGGCCCUUUUUCUCCCAAAACUUCCUCAAAGAAGAGCCCUUUAUGGCAUUAUGGCAUUAGCAACUUCACCGACCUUUGGAAACUAUUACAAAUAUGUAAAGGAGUCAAGGGCUGGUGGUAAUCCAGGAGGCUUGCUUUGUCUCGUCUCGGGACCGGACGUAGGAAGUUUGAUCAAGUAUCUCUAUCAUUAUUCGACGCCCGUAUUCUUGCAUGGCUUAAAUAUGAAAGAAGUAUGCGAACGUUCGGACUCGAGAAUACGCCUAGAAAUUCCACUGGAAAUCUUUAGUGAAAAGGAGUUCCAGAAAGAACAAACUAAGCGGUAUCCCGCCAGAUCUCUGGCUACUAUAAAGAUAGAAGAGACGAAAGCCUUAACAAGGAAGGGUAAGCUCUUCAUCGGGCGUAUACCACUAAAUCGUUCCCGGAUAUCCUAUGCUUAUUGA